GACGGAGAUCACCAAAGUCACAAACAACUUGCCCUUUUUAAAUACGCUGAUUGCUCCUGCUCCGUGCCGGCAAGCCAGACACGCAGCUAGCCAGCCAUGGCUGUCAAAGGCGAGCAGCAGCCGCCGCUGCACAUCCUCUUCUUCCCGUUCCUCGCCCCCGGCCACCUCAUACCGAUCGCCGACAUGGCCGCGGUCUUCGCCGCCCGCGGCAUCAGGUGCACCAUCCUCACCACGCCAGUCAACGCUGCCAUCAUCCGCUCGACCGUCGACCGUGCCAACGACGCGUCCCGUGCCACCGGCUGCCCAGCGAUCGACAUCUCCGUCGUGCCUUUCCCUGACAUCGGGGGCCUCCCGCCGGGCGUGGAGAACGGCAUGGCCCUUACGUCCGACGUCGACCGCGAAAGGUUUUUCGAAGCGGCGCAGCUGCUCCGGGAGCCCUUCGAGCGGUUCUUGGCCGACAACCGCCCCGACGCCGUGGUGUCCGACAGCUUUUGGCACUGGUCGGCGGACGCCGCGGCGGAGCACGGCGUCCCCCGCCUCGCGUUCCUCGGUACCAGCAUGUUGGCGCGGUCCUGCACCGAAAGCAUGCUGCGCAAUAACCCGCUGGAGACCGUCCCCGACGACCCCGAUGCUCUCGUUCUGCUGCCGGGGCUGCCGCACCGCGUCGAGCUGAGGCGGAGCCAAAUGAUGAUCGACCCCGCGAAGCGGCCUGACCACUGGGCGCUCUUCCAGAGCAUCAACGCCGCCGACCAGCGGAGCUUCGGCGAGGUGUUCAACAGCUUCCACGGGCUGGAGCCAGACUACGUCGAGCACUAUCACAGGACGCUCGGCAGCCGAGCGUGGCUCGUCGGGCCCGUUGCGCUCGCCAGCAAGGACAUGGCUGGGAGGGGCACGGACGCGCUCUCGCCGGAUGCGGACAGCUGCCUACGGUGGCUGGACACGAAGCCUGCCGGCUCGGUGGUGUACGUCUCCUUCGGCACGCUAACUAGUUCCUCGCCGGCGGAGCUGCACCAGCUCGCCCGCGGCCUCGCCCUCUCAGACGUGGAUUUCGUGUGGGUGAUCGGCGCCGCAGGCCAAGCCCCAGACUCUUCAGAGUGGAUGCCUGAAGGCUUCGCCGAGCUGAUGGCGCGCGGCGACCGGGGCUUCAUCAUCCGAGGCUGGGCGCCGCAGUUGCUCAUCCUGGACCACCCCGCCCUCGGUGGGUUCUUGACGCACUGCGGUUGGAACUCGACGCUGGAGGCCGUGAGCACCGGUGUGCCGAUGGUCACAUGGCCACGGUAUGCAGAUCAGCUCCACAACGAGCAGCUCGUCGUGGAGGUGCUUGGAGUGGGUGUCAGCAUCACGGGCGGCAAGGACUACGCGGCUUCUGGGGAGGUGAUGGGUGAGGCGAUCGCUGAAUCCAUUGUUAGAUUGAUGGGCGACAGCGAGGAGGGCGACGCGAUACGAGAGAAGGUCAAGGACCUCGGCAUGAAGGCAAGGUGCGCGGUAGAGAACGGUGGAUCUUCGUACAAUGACGUCGGAAGUCUGAUGGACGAGCUGAUGGCCCGUAGGACGGCGUAGGGGUGCCGUGAAGGUUGGAGAAGGCAUCCGGCCAACUGAUCGAUAUUGAUCGCAGGUCUCCUCUUGUCAUAGGCUCUCGAACUAUUUCAGAUGUGUCAUGUAGGUUCUUAAAUUAUGAAAAAUUGUCAUCCAAAUCCUUAAAGUGCAAUAUAUGUGUCAUCCUUGUCCUUGAACUAUUUCAAAGGAGUCACGUAGGUCCUUCAACUAUUUCAGAGGUGUCACAUAUAUAGAUAUUUAUUACACUUCAAGGAUUUUUGAGGACCUGUAUGCCACUUUUCAUAGUUUGAGGACCUAUAUGACACCUUCGGAAUAGUUUGAGGACCUUGGAUACACUUCAAGGAUC